AUGUCUUCCGUCAAAGUUGCUGUCCGUGUAAGACCAUUUAAUAGGAGAGAGAUUCUAAUGAACAGUGAAUGUGUCAUAUCGAUGUCGGGCCAAUCUACAAGUAUUAGAAAACCAAACUCUAAAGAACCUUCUAAAGUAUUUGAAUUCGACUACAGUUACUGGUCACAUACAGAUAAAUCGGAUCCAUUAUACGCAGAUCAAAAACAAGUUUACAAUGAUAUUGGUAACGAUGCUCUUAACCAUGCCCUUGAAGGAUAUAAUGUGUGCAUAUUCGCUUAUGGUCAAACAGGAUCAGGAAAAUCUUAUACUAUGAUGGGUAAACCAGGUGUUGAAGGUCAAGAGGGUAUUAUACCACAAUUAUGCCGUGAUCUUUUCAAAAAAUUGAACAGAACAACUUCCGGUCAAAUCAUACAACAUAUGGUUGAAGUAUCAUAUAUGGAAAUUUAUUGUGAACGUGUAAGAGAUUUACUGGAUCCAAAAAGUAAAGGAAAUUUACGUGUAAGAGAGCAUCCUAUUCUUGGACCAUAUGUUGAAGAUUUAUCAAAAUGUGCUGUUAUCUCAUUUGAUGAAAUUAAUGAAUUGAUUGAUGUGGGUAAUAAAGCAAGGACCGUUGCUGCUACUAAUAUGAAUGAAACAAGUAGUAGAUCACAUGCUGUCUUCACAAUAAUUGUAACGCAAAAAAUUGAAGAUUUAUCGUAUGGUACAACAAGCGAAAAAGUCAGUAAAAUAAGUCUAGUUGAUUUGGCUGGAAGUGAAAGAUCAGAUGCUACAGGAGCAACUGAUAUUCGUUUAAAAGAAGGAGCAAAUAUAAAUAAAUCACUUACAACACUGGGAAAAGUAAUUGCUGGAUUAGCUGAUAUGAGCUCAAAACGAAGAAAGAAGAUUGAUUUUAUACCAUAUCGUGAUUCUGUACUUACUUGGUUAUUAAAAGAAAAUCUUGGUGGAAAUUCACAUACAACAAUGAUUGCAGCCUUAUCACCAGCGGAUGUAAAUUUUGAUGAAACUUUAUCAACUCUACGUUAUGCAGAUCGUGCUAAAAGUAUUGUAUGCAAGGCAAUUAUCAAUGAAGAUCCAACAGCAGUUUUAAUUAGAGAAUUAAAAGCUGAAGUAGCACGUUUAAAGCAAAUUCUGAAGAUGGAAGAUCAAAUGAAAACCUCUAUUACCAUUGGAACUUCACCUAUAACAAAUCAACAUUCUACAGAAACAUUUAUAUAUGAAGAUGAAACAACUUUAGAAGCAUUAAAAGCUUCUGAAAAGUUAAUUGCUGAAUUAAAUGAAACAAUGGAGAUGAAACUUAGAAAAGCUGAAAAACUCAGAGAACAAAGAGAAAAUGAAUUAAUGGAAAUGGGAAUAGCUAUUCAUGAUGGUGGUGUCAGAGGUGUAUUUUCUCCAAAAAAUACCCCACAUUUAGUGAAUCUGAAUGAAGAUCCAGCCAUGUCAGAAUGUCUUAUUUACUAUCUUAAAGAAGGAAAAACUAUAGUUGGCCGAUUGGAAUCUGAAUCAAGAGUUGAUAUUGGAUUAAGUGGUCCAUUUAUUCAUAAUGAACAUUGUAUUUUCUAUACUGAAGGAAGUAUGGUUGAAUUUGAGCAGCUUAAUGAAGCUGAAUGUUAUGUAAAUGGAAGUCUAGUUACAAAACGCAUUCAACUUCAUACAGGAGCUCGUGUAAUUUUAGGCAAAAGUCAUGUGUUUCGUUUCAAUCAUCCACUUCAAAGUCGCGAGAAAAAGAAUCUUCCCGUCGAUAUGUCAGCAAGUGUUACAGAACCAAUUGACUGGAAUUAUGCUAUCAGUGAAUUAUUAGAAAAACAAGGUGUUGAUUUAAGAAAAGAAGUUGAAAAUCGUCUAAUACAAUUAGAAGAACAAUAUCGUCGUGAGAAAGAACAAUCUGAUCGAUUAUUUGCUGAACAGCGAAAAGAGUAUGAAGGUCGAAUACAAAGUUUGCAAGAACAAGUUGAACGUCAUUCAAUGUUAGAAUCUACGAUCCAGGGAGAAAUAGUUGGUGAAACGGAACAUAAUGAAAAUAUAUAUGAUUGUAAAUGGGGAGAUCGUGAAUAUGAAUUAGCUCGAUGGGUUUUUAAUAAAUGGACUAAUCAUCAAUUUACAUCACUACGGGAUCAGUUAUGGGAAAACGCUGUCUAUCUUAAAGAAGCAAAUGCACUAAGCGUAGAACUAAAUAAAAAGGUUCAAUUUCAAUUUGUUUUAUUAACUGCUACACCAUAUACACCUAUUCCAAAUGAAUUAAAUCCUUUGGAUAAAUCAAAUUAUGAUUCAUGUGAAAAUCAAUGCAGUGAAUGUUCAUCCAUACAAAGUUUACCGGAAGUAGAAAAUGAAAUAAACCAAUUAUCUAAUUCAUAUUGGUAUUCAUUAGAAAGGAUCUAUAAAAAUAAACUAAAAAAUCCAACUAUUUUAGUUAUAGAAAUUCGUGAUCUUUUAAGUAAUGCAAUACAAUAUUGGAGUUUGAAUACAUUUCAACGUCGUCUUCAAGCAAUGCAUGAUUAUUAUGAAGCAGAGACAGCGUUUUCUCCAACACUGAAAAGUACUGAAUAUAAUACACUAAAUGAGAAACUGUAUCAUUCCAAUGAUAAUGAAAUGCCAUUUAAUGACAUUAAAAAGGAUCCAUUUCGAAAUGAAUUUCCUUGGUAUCAUAAAAUUGGCAGAGGUCUGUUAUACUUAAAGAAUUUAUACUAUGGGAUUCCAAUGACCAGUCGAGUCACUUUGUUAAAUGAACAUAGCUCAAUAACUGGCAUUUUAACUAUUGAGGUUCAACCUAUUCUUAAUUUAAACCGAUCUGAAAAUAAAAUGACAAAUGAUCAAUCUAAUUGUCAAUCUGAAGUUAAUGUAAAAACAAAUGAAUGUGAUGAAUUGGAAAUUGUAUUUGAUAACUUACAAUAUAUUAAAUGGCGAUCUUCAUUGUCACCUGAAACAAGUUUUAAAACAAAUACUUAUGAUAUCAAUGGAAAACUUGUUAGUAAAUCAAAAGACAAUUGUUUAUUUGAUCAGAAGGAAGGUUUGAAUAAACAAUUCAGUGAUUAUGAUAAAGAGAAUGAAUUGAGAUGUAGACGUCGUUGUCAGUUUUCUCAUGAAUCAACAUUGACCGACCAUCAGAAAUCUAGUGAAGAAUGGAUAAUGGAUUCUUUACAAUUCUCAGAAAAUGAUUUACCUAAUUUCUUAAAGCUUGGUGAAGUAUUCAAAUUUCGUAUUAAUAUUUUAAAUGCAAAGAAAUUCAAUUCAUCUUUUACUGAUAUUUUUUGUCAGUAUAGAUUUCAACAUCAACAUAAUGAAGUUUUCUCAACGGAUACUGUACAAUAUAAUAUGGAAAUAGAUGGUGUUAAUAUUAUGCAAUCACAAAAUUUCAAGGUGAUAAAUACCGUUGGAUUUCUCGAUUAUAUUCUUAACUAUCCACUGGAAUUUGAUGUUUAUGGACAUUUUGUCGAAAAAACCUCAGAAGAUCCUCAAAUACCAAGUACUCAAAAUGUUUUAAAGUGUUACCGACAUUGUGUGCCUCCAACCCUCCCGAGUUCAGCCCCUGUACCUCCGUUACGUUUGUCCAAUUCAGAGACAUUUAAAAGUUCUGAAAUAGUACAACGUUAUGAUAUACUUGUAUGGUUUGAAAUAUUAGAAUUAAAUCGUAAUGGAGAGUACGCACCUGUCCCAGUUGAUCGACUAGACGAAACUCCAUGUCAAGGAGUGUUUCUUAUUCAUCAAGGAAUUCAAAGACGUCUAGCAAUAACUUUGGUACAUGAAUUUCUUGAUCCAAUAAAAUCUGAUAGAAUAGACAAUCAACUGAAUUGUUCACAUACAUGUCUUUUUCAAGGAAUACAUGAAGUAGUCGUUGGUCGAGUACGUGAAAAUCCUGAAUGGUUAGAUUCAGAUGAGCACACGCAUAUCUUAUCACUUUCGUUAUUGCCCGCUCAACAAAUACAUGAAACAAGCAGUGAUCGUAUAUCGUUUCGAUUUGAAGCCGCAUGGGAUUCAUCACUUCAUGCCUCAAAUUUAUUAAAUCACGUUACACCAUACGGACAACGUGUCUACAUGACAGUGUCAUCCUAUUUGAAAGUAGAUGGUUGCCGUCGACCAGUUUGUAUGACAAAAGAUAUCGCAAUGAUUGUAUUGCCCAGAGAAUCUAAAUUUAUGACAGCAAGGUCUUUAUGGUCGAUUUGGAGUGCAUUUUCCAAAAGCUUGGAAGCAAAUCAUGUCACAUCUGUAUAUGAUUUACAGCUUGGACACACUGCAUCAAAAAAUCAAAAUAUUUAUAAUAAAUCAGUCAUGGACACUAGUCUUACAUAUGUGAGAGGUGAGGAAAAUAUAAAAGGUUGGAGACCAAGAGGAGAUUCUUUGAUUAUUGAACAUCAAUGGGAAUUGGAACGUUUCCAUCGCAUUUCAUUGGUGGAGAAAACUAGACACUUGUUGAAACUUCGUGAAAUUUUAGGAACUAAACAGAAAUUAAUCUCAAAUUGUUAUAAUCGUUCUGAUACAAUUAAAGCAAAAGUACCAGAUAGCUUGAAUUGUUUAGAAAAAUCUUCAUUAUCUCCUACUAAUAAGUCCUCUUCUCCAAAAAGACCAACAUCACUAGAUCUAACAAAUAAACGAGAAAAUAAUACAAAUAACAAAGAUUUGAAAAGUACAUCAAAUACUGAAGAGAUUAUAAAACAAGUUAAUGAAAAUAAUUUAUCAAGUCAUCAAACUGAAAUGUCUAAGAAUCAUUUACUCAUAACGAAAUGUUUAACAGCUUUAACUAAUUAUAUGCCGAUUAGCAAAUGUUUAAUCCGACAUUUUGGAGUUACAACUAAGCAACCAUAUCUAAUUGACUCUAUUACUAGUAAUAUUUCAACAAUGAGUAUAUCAAAAUCCGAUAGUGAUUUUCAUUCGGAUGAUAAUAAAAUUAAUACACAAAUAGAUAUGAUAAGCAGUGCGUAUUCUGAUCAAGCUGCUGAAAUAAAUUAUAGAUCAUUUAGUUCUGGUAUACCUAGAUCAGCCACAACUGAUUCAAUUCAAAAUAUACUCACCGGAGAAAGUUACUUUUCAUCAAGUUAUUUAGUUGGUGAAUGUGAUGAGGUUCGUGUUAGCCCAGUGAUUAGUCGUAAAGGAUAUCUAUUAGUACUAGAGGAAAGAACAGCUGGUUGGUUACGUAGAUGGGCUGUUGUCCGUAGACCUUUCCUGUAUCUAUAUAAUCAUGAAAGGGACUUUAUUGAAAGGGGUCUUAUAAAUUUGACUACCUCACAGAUAGAAUAUGAUAUGAAUAUGGCGUAUAUUACAAAAGACGAUUUAUUAGAUGAUGCAAAAACAAAUUCUGUUCAUUUAAUUUCUAAAAAUGAAUCAAUUAUGUCGCCAACAUCAUUAUUUCCAAGUAAAGUGAAUAUGUUUACUUUGAUAACGAACACACGAACUUUAUUAAUACAAACAAUAACAGAAGAUGGUUCAGAUAUUCAUGAUUGGCUGUAUGCACUUAAUCCUUUGAAAGCAGGGGAAAUUCGUUCUCGUUUAGGAAGAAAAAGGAGAACAAGGAAAUUAGAUAAGUUGGAACAUUAUAGUAAAUAAAAAGACAAACAAUCACUGUCAUAUAUAUAAAUACACACACAUAUACACUAACAAAUAUACUUGAUUAAUAAAACUGAUGAGAUAUGUAGAGAAAAGCCAUUAAGAAAAAAACCUGUUUAAGCAAUACAAUCUUUCGCUAUUUAACUAACUAACUGAACAAGUUACAAUGCAUCUUUUAUUCUAUUUUUGACUUCUUAUCAAUAUUCUGAAGUGGCUGAAUAAAGACAUUUCACAAAUCUUCAGAUUACAUCAAAAGUGUUUUUUUCUUUCCCCCCCCCCACUCCGAUCAACUACAUUCGAUAUAUUUAAUUAUUUAUUCAUUUAUAUGGUUAAUAAACUAUCAGCAUUGCAACGAAAUGAUUAUUAACAAAAAGCUAUUCUAUUUUUUCAAUAGUCCCAAAUGUUUAUUCUUAUCUUUUCGUAUUGUUUCAUUUCAUUUAAUUUCAAAUAUAUUUAUCCCCCAUAACAACCACACCCCUACGCCCCUGCCCCCCCCCGCGCACACACACACACAAGAAAAACAAAACAAAUAUGCAUUUCUUCGUCGUAUAAACAUUUAAUCAAUUUUAAAUAAGAACAAAAAAGUUUUUGGUUUAUGAAAAAAUGGUUCACUGUCUAUAAUUUGAGUUAUUUUAUUGGAAAUUAUAAAGUAAACAUGUAUUUUAUAAUUUACAAUUUGUAUUAUGAAAUGUAUUAUGUAACCCAUGUGAAUAUCAAUGUUUACCUUUUAUUUUAAAGAGAUAAUAUUUGUUAAAGUGUUGUGAAUUCAUUAUUAUUAUUAUUAUUAUUACUUUGUUUGUUUUUUGUCUCAUUUCGCUUUAUAAUUUUGUUUUUUUUCUCGUUAUUAUGUAAUCAUGCAGUCAUGAAAUGUAUUACAUUGUGUAAUUUACAAAUUCUUAUGAAAUCUCAAUUUGAACUAAACCUUUCUUAUCUUUGUUAAUUGGAAUCCUUAAUUUGAACAUUUAAUAAUGAUACACUUGUCCAAUUAAUUAUAUUAUCAUUUAAAUAAGAAUUAAUUUAAUGCUUUUGUG